UUCCUGCACGUGUAGCCAGUCGCUCGUUAUAAGUUUCCAGGAGUUUUGAUUUAAUUUUAAUAAUUUUUUUGCUAAUACAAUGGUCAUUGUUGAAAAAUCGUUUCCUCGUGGAGGAAUUCCAGCCUCAAAAGAGAAAGCGGCCACAACCAAAUUAGAUGGACAGAUUUUUGGUGCAGUCCAAAGAAAAAUUAAAAAAACCAAAAGCAAAUCUUCAAAAAAAUUGUCCACCGUUGGAGAUAAUCAAAGUGAAGUUCUUGAAUCCUUUUCAGCUCAAACUCUUUCCUAUGAAACCAUACAGGAUGGCAUGAUUAUCAUGGGUAUAGUCAAGAAAGUUGAUCAGUUGUAUUUGAGCAUUGCAUUGCCAGGUCGAAUUACCGCUAGAGUAUCGGCGUUGGAAAUAUCCGAUUCAUACACCAAAGCAACAAAGGAAUUUCUACAAAACUCAACACAAUCGGAGGGUUAUAAACCCUUGACGGACCUCUAUAAAGUGGGACAAAUUGUCUAUGGUCGAGUGCAAGAGCUCAAGACCAACGAACGAGGACAAACACUAGUGGAUAUGAGUUUGAAGCCAACUGAGGUUCAUGCUGAUUUAAAUCACUCCAGUGUUCGCAAAGGGUUUGUGUUUAAUGGAGCUAUUGAAGAAGUACAGGAACAUGGCUACAUUAUAGAGAGCGGCAUUAAGGGUCUACGUUGUUUUGUUCCUUCGGAUAAGGCACAAGAAGGACAUGCUGUUGGUGAAAUGGUCUAUUUGAAAGUGGAUAAAAUGACAACUGAUAAAUCAGCUAGUACUUGCAUUUGCAAAGAAAUUCAGGAGGCCAAACUAAAAGUUAAAGACCAAAAUGAUCCCAGCUUGGAUUAUUUGCUGCCUAGCACUAUUGUAAAUUUUCAGGUAAGCCAACGUUUAAAGGACGGCCUAAAGGGGACAAUAAUGAACGAAGUAUUCACUGCCUAUGUUAAUGAGCACCAACUAGGGGAUGCUUUGUUAGGACCGGACGACUAUGAAAUAAAUGCAAAGUUCGAGGCACGUAUAUUAUAUGUAAUGCCGCUUACGAAAUUGGUCUACCUAACACUCAAAGUGCAACGAAAUCCGGAGGUUAAAACCGAAGAUACCGAUAAUGAAGAAUCCUCGACACUUAAAUGCGGCGAUGUUGUGGAGAAUGCUAAAGUACAUCACUUGGGCACAGGUGGAAUUAUAUUGAUAUUGAAUGACACAUUUAAAGGAAUGCUCUCCUUCAAAACCAUUAAAUCAAAUUACAAAGGCAACUAUGAUCAGGAUGAACUAUUGGCGAAAUAUGCCACCAAGAGUACACAUAAGGUGCGUAUUCUGGACUAUGAUGUCAUGGAUUCUCUAUACAUUUGCACCGAUAACACAACUGCAGUUAAUGAGAAAUUCUUUGCUUUGGAAGAUUUUAAACCUGGUGAUUUUCUAACAGCUAAAGUAAAACAAUACAAUGAAAAGAUUGGUGGUUAUACACUACAGGUGGGAAUGGUUACAGCAAUUAUUGAGAAACUUUUUCUGGCACCUUCCAUCAAAAUGCUUGAAGCGAAUUCAAAACUUAAAUGCCGCAUUGUUGCUGUUAAACCAGAACGUAAGAUGGUAUAUUUAACCAAUCGCCCAGAGUAUUUGGCCAAAAAUUGUUCUAUACUAACCAGUGUGAAUGAGGCCAAAGUCAAUGGCAACUAUACUGGGACAGUGGUAAAAUGUGGCAGCAGCUUUGCUUUGGUGAAGUUUUUUGGAGACGUCAAAGGAAUUUUUUAUCGUCAAAAUGCUUCCCCUGGCCAGUUGGAAAACAUGGAAGAAGGGCAGACUUUGCAGUUUCGUGUGGCCAGCAAACAAGACGAUCAACUUAUAUUGGGUUUAGUGGAAAAUACUUUUAAACUUGGCGAGAUUUGUCCCAUAUCUAUUGUACACAAACUUGAGUCGGGUCUGGAAGUGAAGGUCUCUUAUGGUUUGGAAGAGGGACAGGAAAUUGAGUUUAAAGGCCUGGUUCCAUUGCGUCUGCUAUCGAACUUUGUUGAUUUGCUGCUUGCUAAACUGCAAAUGUAUCAAAUCGGUGAACAAACCAAGGCUGUUAGUACCCUAAAUAAUGUUUUCAGCAUAAGGGACGUCCCAUAUUUUACCGAAAAUGCUACACCUAAUUGGAAAUCGGUAAAAGUUGGUGAUAUACUUAAAGGCUAUGUAAAAGAUGUCUCCGAUGAUGUAGUGGAAGUUAUGGUUCCCAUUAAAGGCUAUACCAAAACCGUUAAAGUUCAUUUAAAUAUGAUGCUAAUGGAUGUAGCAAACUCCUCAAAAGUUUCCCUUACUCAAGAUCAAGUUGUGUUUGUCAAAGUAUUGGGCAAAGAGGAUACAACAAAAACAAUUUCGGUUUCGGCACAAUUAACCGAUGUUUGGGAUGGCCAGAUGAGCACCACAUCGCAAUUUGUAAAAGAUUACCUAGACGAAGUGGAUGCCAUUAGAAAAUCUUUAAAGAAACAAGGAAAUCCAAUUGGCCGUUAUUCUGUGGGUGACAAAGUUACGGCCAAAUUUCAGUGCGUCAAUGAAACCACAGGUGAUUGGGAGUAUACCCUGCAGAAGACUCAGCUUAUUGGUAUAGUUAAAUCAACCAUGGUGGGCAAGGCCAAAAGCCCUAAACCCGAAACCAGUCAGGAUUGUGUGAUUUUAUGGAUAGACUACAGCAGUAAUUUGCUACUUUUGAGCAAUAGGCAAGGUGAUAUUGACCACAUACUACCCGGUAAGGGCAUACCUCAAAACUUGGUUGGCAAAGGUGGCAUAAACGCCAAAGUUUUGUUCAAAAAUGAAAGCAUAUUUGUGUGUUCCCUUAAGAAGGGUAAAAAUCCUUUGGUCUAUUGUCCCUCACAGCUGCACUUUAACGAUUUUGAAAAAACCUCCAGCAACGCUGUAGAGGAAGGAAAUUUUUGCAAAUUAACAUUUAUUGACGAUACCAUACCAAUAGCAGUUUUAGAUGAUACCUUUAAAAUAUGGUUGGAAGUGGGGAAAAAGAGAAAAUUGCAAAAAGAAACAGCACAAGUCGCUGAGGGUCCCAGUGCCAAGAAACCCAAAUUGGAAAAAGAAAAACAAAACAAAACUGAAAGAAAACGCAAAGACUCGGAUUCGAAACAGGAACCCCCGAAGAAACUUAAACAAACCAUCAAAGAUGAAAGCAAUCAGAGUCAACUUUUUUAUGAAGACAAAACUGCAGAUAGAAAGGCCGCAUCCAAAGUUGUAGAUACUGUAACAGGGACCACAGUAAGUGAUCCUAAGGUCGCAAAAUCCAAGCCAGUUGCCAAGACUCUGGCAGGUGUUAGUAAUUUUUGGACCACAGAUUUAUCAAAUAUAUCUAAGAAUGAUGAAUCUUCGGAGGAAGAGGAUGAAGACGAAAAUGAUGAUGAUGAUAAUAAAAAGUCCAACGAUGGCAAAACCAAAAAGAAACUAACCACGGCAGAGAAAUUCAAACAACAAAGGGAAGAAGAAGCCCGUUUAAGAGCCAUUGAGGAAAAGUAUGCAGAUCCCAACCAAUUACCCGAUUCGGUGGAUCAAUUCGACAGAUUGGUGCUUUCAGAUCCCAAUAACAGCAAACACUGGAUUAACUACAUGGUCUAUCAUCUACAGUCAGCGGAGAUAGAUAAAGCAAGAGCUGUAGCUAGACGUGCGCUUAAAACCAUAACAUUUAGAAAUUCUGAUGAUCAGAUAAAUAUAUGGGUAGCGAUGCUGAAUCUUGAAUUGCGUUAUGGCAGCAAAGAAUCUUUCAAUGACAUUCUCAAAGAGGCGCUUAUGUACAAUGAUCCCUUGAAGGUCUACCUGAGAGCAGUGGAAAUUAUGACAGAUGCUCAAAAGAAUCAAGAAGUAAUCGAAAUGAUUGGUGUGAUUACUAAAAAAUUCAAAACGGAACAGGAAAUGUGGAGAGUAGCAGCAAAUGCUUUCUUUACAAUAGACAUGCCGGAAAGAGCACAACAGUUAUUGCACAGAGCUUUGACGUGCCUACCCGAAAGAGAUCAUGUCAAUACCAUUGUAAUGUUUGCCAACCUAAAUCAUAAAUUUGAAAACAACGAAAUGGCACAAACGCUUUUGGAUCAAGUAGUCACUUCGUAUCCAAAACGCGUUGAUGUUUGGUGUCAAUAUGUGGAUAUGCUGGUUAAAGCAGAUUUAGUGGAGUCCGCUAGAAACAUUCUGGAACGUGCUGUGGUACAAAAAAUUCCUUUGCGUAAAAUGCGAACGAUAUUCAAGAAAUAUUUAGAAUUUGAAGAACGUUUUGGUAACGAUACUCUGGUGCAACGCGUAAAACAACUGGCCAUAGAUUAUGUCAAAAAGAAUGAACAUCUUUGAUUUAUUUUUAUUUUGUAAGCUUAAUUUGUAUAGUGCUUAAACUAUAUAUUGUAAAUGAAUAUAAAUAUACGAUAUCUUUAGACGUAA